AUGGCUUUGCAACAGGACGUUGGGAAACCCUGUCUUACUUGUGGUUCGGAGUGCUCCGGCUUUAAACUUCACCCUUGGAGGGCAACGUGUACUGGUUGUCACUGUUCUUACGACAAACAUGCUGUUACUGAUCCGUCGAAAGAUUCUUACCUACACGAGUUGGAAUUGUCUGAUGUCACUGUGCUUAAAGCCUAUGAUGUUGCUCAGGCAAUUGCAAAAGAGCAUGGGCUGCAUUGGCUUCCUGUUGGUAUCCAGUCUGCGGAGGUUGAAGCGUUUCUUACUUCCCUUCCAUCUUCGGAAAUUCCCCGAGGGGAGGUGUAUGCUGAGAUGCGCUUCCGGCGAAUUCGACACCAAGUUCCUCCACAGGAUCGAAAACCAGCGUCUUCUCUAAGCACUGCAAAGCUAAAUCUUCCCCCUUCUACCGCACCCGCUAAUCUAGAGGGCGAAUCUCGUGAGGCUACGCGUUUUCAAAACUCGCGAAAUCGUCGUGAUUUUGGCAUUGGACGUGUCGAACGUGUAUCUGCAAAGGCUACUAUUGUAUGUGCUGAGUGUUCAGAGCAUAUUGGAUUUAGGGAGUUUUGUGUCCGAGUUCGGCCAGAGCAUCGCCUGUCCGACUCUUCUGACACAAGUUACGCACCUGCCUGGCAUCCGGGUUGUUUCCGUUGCUCGAAUUGCAGCGAACAUCUUGUUGAUCUCGUGUACGGUUGGCUCAACGGUAAACCUUACUGUCUUCGCCACUAUGGUCAGAUGAUUCGGCCGCGUUGUGCUACUUGCGACCAUCUCAUAUUUUCCGAAGAAUAUACGCGUGCCAUGGAUCAGGAGCACCAUACAGGCCACUUUGCUUGUCGUAGUUGCGAUGUAUCUUUGACCGGUCAACGCUACAUCCUCCGAGACGAGGAGCCGCAUUGUUUGGCCUGCUACGAGGCGAAAUUUGCGAACACCUGCGAACAGUGUAAGGAGAAGAUUGGCUGCGACUCCAAGGAUCUCUCCUUCAAAGAGCGGCACUGGCACGAAAAGUGUUUCAAAUGCUCUGCCUGUAACACCUCGCUGGCGGACCGUCCAUUUGCGACGAAGGACGACCAACUUUACUGCUCCGAUUGUUACGACGAGCGCUUUGCAGCCCGCUGUGAUGGGUGCCAGGGCGUCUUCAAGGCGGGCAUGCGGAAGUACGAGUACCGCGGCCAGCAGUGGCAUGAGGAAUGUUUUGUCUGCGUAGAAUGCAAACAGCCUAUUGGUGCAAAGAGUUUCAUCCCCCGUGACAAUCAGGUAGUCUGCGUGCCCUGCUAUGAGGCCAAGUAUGCGCAACGCUGCACGAAAUGUGCCGAAGUCAUACGCCGUGGUGGAGUCACGUAUAAGGGUAAUCCCUGGCACAAGGAAUGCUUCACUUGCACCAGUUGCGGUAAACAACUCGCCGGCCUCAAGUUCACCUCCAAGGACGAGCAACCUUACUGCGCCGACUGUUACGGGGAGCUCUUUGCAAAGAAGUGCACUAAGUGUGGCAAGCCUAUUACAGGUUUCGGUGGCUGCAAGUUUAUUUCGUUUGAGGACCGUCAUUGGCACUCGGAGUGCUUUGCUUGCAGCAAGUGCGAUUGCAACCUUGUGGGUCGCGGCUUCCUCACGAAUGAUGAUCAGAUAAUGUGCUCUGACUGCGGUCGUUAG